UAGUGAGGCCCCAGGAGGUGCCUUGCUGCUGCUGUAGGGAGAGAUCGGAGCGGAGAAGUGCGGAGGGGCCGGGGAGAGGUGAUGGUUCCGUGGUGUUGAAGUGGUGGAGGGGAGCCGGGAUGGCGCGGAGCCCCAAGGAGGGCAGUGUGUCUCCCUCCGCCAGUCUUCGUGGUACCAGGGAGACCCUCAGCGAUCCGGAACUCGAGUCUGUCGGCUCCGACUCCGAGAUCAACGGCUUUACUGUGGAGAGAAGGACCGACAAGUACGGCUUCCUGCUGAAGAGCGAUGUGGACGGGAGACGGGAAGAGGAGGUGCCAGUUGACGUGUUACGACAGAGGGAAGCAAAAUGGCUGGACAUGCUUUCCAACUGGGAUAAAUGGAUGGCAAAAAGGCACAAAAAGAUAAAGCUGAGGUGUCAUAAGGGAAUUCCACCGUCCUUGCGUGGCAGAGCAUGGCAGUAUCUUUCUGGAAGCAGAGUAAGGAUGGACCAGAGCCCCCAUAAAUUUGCUGAGCUGGACUCAAUGGCAGGUGAUCCUAAAUGGCUGGAUAUAAUAGAACGAGAUCUUCACAGGCAGUUUCCUUUCCAUGAAAUGUUUGUGGCACGAGGGGGUCAUGGCCAGCAAGAUCUCUUCAGGGUACUAAAAGCUUACACUCUGUACAGGCCUGAUGAAGGAUACUGUCAGGCCCAGGCACCCAUUGCAGCUGUCCUGCUAAUGCACAUGCCAGCAGAGCAAGCAUUUUGGUGUCUGGUGCAGAUCUGCGAGAAGUACCUGCCGGGAUAUUACAGUGAGAAAUUGGAAGCGAUUCAGUUGGAUGGAAGGAUUCUGUUUGCACUGCUUCGUAAAGUAUCUGCAGUGGCCUACAAACACUUGAGCAAGCAGAAGAUUGACCCCAUCUUGUAUAUGACAGAAUGGUUCAUGUGUGCAUUUUCACGGACGCUUCCCUGGAGUUCUGUUUUGCGUGUGUGGGACAUGUUCUUCAGUGAAGGUGUAAAAAUCAUCUUUCGAGUUGCACUUAUCCUUCUAAAGUAUACACUUGGCUCCACUGAAAAGCUCAAAUCGUGUCAGGGUCAGUAUGAAACAAUGGAGAAGUUGAGAGCAAUUGAUCCGAAAUACAUGCAGGAACAUUUUCUGAUCGCAGAGAUUUUGGAAUUGCCCAUCACAGAGCGGGAUGUGGAACGUGAGCAUCUGAUCCAGCUAAAGAAAUGGAAGGAAGAAUUUGGUGAGCUGCAGUGCAAAUCCCCUUCCCGUAUGCACGGAGCCAAAGCGAUCAGUGAUGCUGACCAUCUAGUUCAUAAGCCUUUAAUGCAUUCCCCUUCCAUCAUCCUCCCAUCCAACGUAGGCACUGGGAAGAGGGUCAAGGAGCAAAAGCAGGAAGAAAAGGAACAGGAAAAGCAGCGAAGUAAGGAGAUGAAGGAGAGGGAGAAGAUGGAAAAAGAGAAAAAGAAAGUUGAAAAAAAAAAGAGUAAAGGAAAAGCUGACCAGUCCAAUGGGGCUGUGAAAGAGAAGAAUGGAACGGAAAAUGGAACCGAGGGGAACGGAGAUCACCGGCAGGAACCGGUACAGCCUCUCAUGGCCAAAGUACCCCAAAAUGACUCUUUAAAUGUGCAUCAGUCCAGCGAGAGCUUGUGCUCCAGAGAAAGUGAAGACACCUAUUUAUAAUUUCCACAAUUACACCACAUGAUCAAAUGACCACACGAUCAUAGCCAUCAGUGUGCUUGUGGAGUCUUUCAAUCUCUGUAUUAGUCAUUCUUUAACAACUAAGAGAAAUCAGACUUGAAUAUAUAGUGAAAAUACAGGAACUGGUCUUAGUUUAAGAAAUUCAAUUACAGGAUUUGUCUUGGAUUCAUGAAAUAUAUGUGUACUUUCACAAGUCAUCUUGCUAAGAGAUUACAAAACCUUGAUUAUGUAUUGUAGCAAGGUUCUUCACUUCUCUCCUGGUGUGAAUAGCAAUGGGGAUCAAACAGUUACUUCGAUAUACCAUCCCAGGCUGCAAGGAUCCUUUCUGUAUUGUGACUAAUGUCCGUGUAAUGGGUGCAGGCCAUGCACCCUGUGCUCUGUUCCAUUCCAGAUGUUUUGCUGCUGAGAGCAGAAUUUUCUACUAUGCACAACGAGUUUAUUGUUUCCUCUAUACAUGGGACCAAGCCGAGAAAUAGAACAGACAAUCUCUUCCUCCAUCCCACAGAUACUCUUUGUACCAGUAAAUGGAUUAAAGGAGUCGGAAUUGUGCUCCAUAUCUCAGCACAAUGGAGUGUCUGUUGAAUUUCCUCAUACGUUUAUUAGAAGCUGUACAUGAAGAGGAAAUCCAAAUUUGUAUGUUGGGUCUCUGUGGGAGGCUCUGGGGAUGAACUGUAUGCCGUUACCUGACCAAACUACACUAUUCCUCCCUUCUCCUGACACUGCAGGCAAGGGUUCGUAUUCCACAGUGUGUUGUUAUACAGUUACACUAAACACAGCCAAGCAGGAAUAUUUAUUUAUCUAUGGUAUUAGCUGUUGCAAAAAGAAAAAAUAAAGACACUUGCCAAUAUUUAGAUUACAAUAAAA